AUGGCCGGGUGGACGGCAACACAAUGGAUUCCCUGGAUGACUCUAAUCUCAACCUGGAUUGACGGGGUCGCCGCCAAUCAAUCUCCAUCGAUCUGCCCCACGCCCGAUACACUGAAACUCGGCGCCCAGCUGAUCCAGUGGCCUGUCUGUAUUGAGACACGAUGGGGACUUCAGCGCUCCGAGGCCGAUGCAGCGACUUAUAUUCUAUCCCAGACGCCCUCGGUGGCAGCAGAAGCCGCAUCGGUGACCGUGUCAGCGUCUGCUUCGAGCCAUGAGGCGGUGACGAGUCCCACCUCGGUGGACGAGCAACAGCAGCAGCACCGGUCCGACCAGGAGCUCGACACGGAUUCUCCGCUCGACAAUGCGAAGUUCCUGUCCUUCGAAGACUGGAAAAAGCAGAAUCUGGCCAAGGUUGGACAGUCUGCGGAGAACGUGGGUGGCAGUCGCCGUGGUGGUGGCGUGGCUCAGGGCAAGGAGGACCGGCGACGACCCACGGGGAUCAACAAUGCGCUGGACUCGCUAGGCGACGAUGCAGAGAUCGAGCUGGAUUUUGGGGGCUUCGGCGCAGACACCACGCCCGAGGCGACGCGGCCUACGGCGUGGACCGCGAUAGUCUCUCCCUCCACUGAGGCGCGAGGCGAGCGGAUACCGGGGGCCGGGCACGAGGCCGGCGCCGAUGGACCGGCUCAGGGCAUGCCUCAGGCGGGGGUGCCUCGAUCGAAGGACGCGGGCACGACCUGCAAAGAACGGUUCAACUAUGCGUCCUUUGACUGCGCGGCGACGGUGCUCAAGACGAACCCGGAGUGCAGCGGGUCGUCGUCGGUGCUCAUCGAGAACAAGGACAGCUACAUGCUGAAUGAGUGCCGGGCGAAGAACAAAUUCCUGAUCCUGGAACUGUGCGACGACAUUCUGGUGGAUACCGUCGUGCUCGCCAACUACGAGUUCUUCAGCUCCAUAUUCCAAACGUUCCGAGUCAGCGUCUCGGAUCGAUAUCCCGCCAAGUUGGACCAGUGGCGGGAGCUGGGGGUCUAUGAGGCCCGGAAUACGCGGGAGGUGCAGGCCUUUGCGGUCGAGAAUCCGCUCAUCUGGGCGCGAUAUGUGAAGAUUGAGUUCCUUACGCACUACGGGAACGAGUUCUUCUGUCCGCUGAGCUUGAUUCGGAUUCAUGGCACAACGAUGCUGGAGGAAUAUAAGCAUGAUGGGGAGGCUGGUCCCGCAGAUGAUGAUGAGGAGGAGAUAUCUGAAGAAUCAACGGUGCCGGUUCCUAUGGCCCCGGACUCUGGGACUACGGCUACGGGUGAGGAAGCGCCUACUCCGGCGACUGCUGAGCCGGUCGACACGGCGCCAACCAGCGACCCAGAGGAAGAGGCUUGCCGCCAGUCCGGGUCGGACAUGGAUGUGCCAGAGCUGCGCGAGCUUCUGGGGCUUCUCGAUACCUGUGACGACCAGGAGGCACCGGCUCCUGGUGCUGGACCUGAAGUGGCAGCCCAGCCCCAGCCCAAUCGACCUGUUUCGAACGAAGCGUCCCCAUCCCAGGCGCAAGAGACCGUGGCUUCGGGCAAAGGCAAGGAAGCUUUGUCCGGAGAACCAGGAGAACAAAAGGUGACAAGCGCAGUGGGAUCAACUGCAACGGACUCAUCGUCGUCCUCAGUGACUGCUGUGAACUCCGAGACUGCAUCCCUUAGCGCUGUAACGGAAGCAAACAACAAGUCUACUUUGCUGCCAAAGGAUGAACCCAGCAGUAUAGCGGAACCGACCAGGUCGAGUAUGACCCAGCCACCGUCGGCAAACCCAACUACGCAAGAAUCCUUUUUCAAGUCAGUGCACAAACGACUCCAGAUGCUGGAGUCGAACUCCAGUCUCUCGCUUCAGUACAUUGAAGAACAAUCGCGCAUCCUGCGCGACGCCUUCGAUAAAGUCGAGAAGCGGCAGCUGACAAAGACGUCGACAUUCCUGGAGGGCUUGAACGUGACAGUGUUAAAUGAGCUGAAACAGGUUCGAGAGCAAUACGACCAGGUGUGGAAGAGCGUGGCGUUGGAGUUUGAGCAUCAGCGCAUUCAGUAUCACCAAGAAAUCCAUUCGCUCAGUUCGCAGCUGGGCGUGCUGGCGGACGAGCUGGUCUUCCAGAAACGCGUGGCGGUUAUCCAGAGCAUGAUGAUCCUCUUCUGCUUUGGCCUGGUACUCUUUGCGCGGGGCACGGCGAGUGGGUACAUUGAGAUUCCUCGCGUGCAGAACAUGGUCACGCGGUCGUACAGCCUGCGCUCGUCCUCGUCGCCGUCCCCUCCGUACGGCUCUCCGUUGGUGAGCCCGACGUCAACGCGUGCGACGUCUUCCUGCCGACGCACCGGCGGCCAUCGACGCAACCUGUCCGAAGACUCGCAGGACGAGCUUCUCAGCCCAACGCUGGCGUACUCGCCGCCUACGCCCGUUUCUGAUGCACUGAGUUCGGCCGAAGAUGAGGAUCCGGAGCAGGAAAGAGGGAGUACCCUGGAAUUGCCGGAGGUGGCUCCACCGGUGCAGCGAUCGCGUAGCAGCCCGCCUGAUCUCCCGCGUGAGGGGAGCACCACCCCUGGAUCCGAAGCGUCUCCCGUGGAAAUCGAGACCGGCAAGCCGAUGAACUCAAUGGACUACCACCGCCAGAAGCUGCAGGGCAAGCUGGCCAGCGGAGAAAGUAACCAAGCCAGCUACGUAUCGCCCUCGGACGAGCUCAUGAGCCCUUGCUCGAAGAAGCUCAGCGACCUGAAGGGCAAGCGCUUCAAGAAACUUCAUCCAUCAACAUGCCCGCCUCCGCCCGCAUCCCCCCCAUCGCCCUCCCCUUCGUCAGCGACCGCGCCAAGAAGACCCUGGACCUGGUAUAUCCCCUUGAAAUUCGUCGAGAAGGACUGCAUCCCCGCCGAAGCCGUCUUCCAGGCCCAACUGGGCCAGGGCGAGCAGCGAUGGACCACCCACCCGGCCGUCAUGGAGACCCUGAAGGCCCGCGCCCGGCAGCUCGGCCUGUGGAACAUGUUCUUGCCCAAGAACCACUUCGCCCAGGGCGCCGGCUUCUCGAAUCUGGAGUAUGGGCUUAUGGCCGAGUAUUUGGGGAAGAGUUUGAUUGCUUCGGAGGCCACGAACAAUGCCGCCCCGGACACGGGCAACAUGGAGGUCCUGGCCAAGUACGGCAACGAGGCGCAGAAGCAGCAAUGGUUGACGCCCCUGCUGGAAGGCCGGAUUCGGUCGGCGUUCCUGAUGACCGAGCCGGAGGUGGCGUCGAGCGAUGCCACGAAUAUCCAGUUGCAUAUCCGGCGGGAGGGCGAUGAGUAUGUCUUGAAUGGAUCGAAAUGGUGGUCCUCCGGCGCCGGCGACCCCCGCUGCGCCAUCUACCUGGUAAUGGGCAAAUCGGCGCCCGACCACCCCGACCCGUACCAGCAGCAAUCCGUGAUCCUGGUGCCGGCCCACACCCCGGGGAUCACGGUGCACCGGAUGCUGACGGUGUACGGGUACGACGACGCGCCGCACGGCCACGGACACAUCAGUUUCGCGAACGUGCGGGUGCCCGCCAGCAACCUGGUGCUGGGCGAGGGCCGGGGGUUCGAGAUCAUCCAGGGCCGGCUGGGGCCGGGCCGCAUCCACCACGCGAUGCGGACGAUCGGCGCCGCCGAGAAGGCGCUGGAGUGGCUGAUCGCGCGCAUCAACGACGACCGCAAGCAGACCUUCGGGAAGCCCCUGGCCAGCCACGGCGUCAUCCUCGAGUGGGUGGCCCGCUCGCGCGUCGAGAUCGACGCCGCCCGCCUCGUCGUCCUCAACGCCGCCAUCAAGAUCGACCAGGGUGACGCCAAGUCCGCCCUCCGCGAGAUCGCCCAGGCCAAGGUCCUCGUCCCCCAGACCGCCCUCACCGUCAUCGACCGCGCCGUCCAGGCUUAUGGGGCGGCCGGCGUCUGCCAGGACACGCCCCUGGCGUACAUGUGGGCGCUGAUUCGCACGCUGCGCAUCGCCGACGGGCCCGAUGAGGUGCAUCUGCAGCAGCUCGGGAAGCGGGAGAACCGGGACCGCAAGGCGGAGAUCCGCCAGAAGUUGGAGUGGCAGCGGGCCGAGGGCGAGAGGUUGUUGAGCCAGACGGGGUUGAAGAUCAAGGGUCGGUUGUAA